AUGCCUCAGCAGGGCAGACGGCUGGCGGUCGGCGCUGUCAACGGUGGCAAAGUAGACAAUGGGAUUGAGCACAACCCUUUCUCAACAGGUCUUCCAAAUGUGUCAGUAUGUUUUCAACACACAAUCCUCGUUUGGAUUCCUACUGCCUUCUUCUGGGUUCUUUUGCCUUUCCUGUUUGCACAGGCAACAUUGAAUUCGCGUAGGACCCUUCUUAUUUAUCGUCUGCGUUAUGUAUUGCCUACUUUUGUGUGGUACGCAGCUGUAAUAAUUUAUGUUUUCCUGAUGUGCUUUGCUGAUCCACGCGACCCAUCUGAGAAAAGGGUAUGUUUUUUCUAUGUUUGUAUGAUUUUCAUGUCAUUUUGUGUACUCAUACAUUUUAGCAAGGCUCCGUUGAACUGGAUAGCUCAUUUUUCAAUCGCCUUACUCUGUGGUGGUUUCAAUCCUGUCCCCUGGAAAGGUGCUCGUAAAGAUCUUGAGCCUGAUGAUCUCUUCCAAUUGAACGAAGGGAGCACAUCGAAAUAUCUUACUGAACUAUGGGAAAAGCAUUGGACUCAUCGAAUAACAGAUUACUACGAAAAAAUGAGAUUGUGGGAAGAUUCUGGAAAAGAGAAAAAACCAGCUCUUCCCUCGGUGGUUGGAUGCCUUUUUAUGAUGUUUCGUUGGGAAUUUCUGACAGCUUCAGCACUUAAAAUAACCAGUGAUACCCUGCAAUUUGCGAACCCAUUUUUGUUACAUCAACUCAUUGGCUAUGUGUCCGAUCCGGCAUCUCCCCUUUGGGUGGGUCUCUCCUAUUCGAUACUGAUGUUCGCCGCAUCAGAGGUGCGCUCAUUUGUUCUUAAUUCAUAUUUCUACAUUAUGUUCCGCAUGGGAAUCAAAUUCCAAACCGCCUUGACUGCUGCGGUCUACAAAAAGUCUUUAGAAUUGUCCAACUCUGCUCGAAGAGACAAGACAGUUGGAGAAAUUGUUAAUUUAAUGGCUAUAGAUAUUGAAAGAUUCCAAAUGAUUACUCCUCAAAUUCAACAGCUCUGGAGCUGUCCGUACCAGAUAAUACUAGCCUUAACGUACUUAUUUUUUACACUUGGUUAUUCGGCUUUACCGGGGUUCAUAAUAAUGGUAAUUGCUCUGCCAUCAAACAUUAUUUGUUCCAUAAUUGUGAAGAAAUGGCAGGUUCAACAAAUGAAAUUCAAAGAUGAAAGGACCAAAAUGGUAAAUGAAGUUCUCAAUGGGAUCAAGGUAGUAAAACUAUAUGCUUGGGAAAUACCAAUGGAGGAACACAUCGAUAAAAUAAGGCAAAAAGAGUUGGUUCUGUUGCGAAAGUCGUUUCUUGUCAGGAAUGUAAUGGACUCGUUCAACACUGCCAGUCCAUUUUUGGUCGCCUUCUUCUCUUUUGGCACUUACGUGUAUUCAUCGACGUCGCAUGUGUUAACACCACAGGUUGCUUUCGUAUCUCUGACCCUGUUCAAUCAACUACGUUCUCCCAUGACCAUGAUAGCUAUGCUCAUAAGUCAAAUAGUGCAGGUAAACGAUCUUCAGUGGUGGAUAGGGUGGCCAACAAGCACGUAG